UUGUUCCUCUUAAAUGUUUUAUUUGUCACAUUACCAAAGUUGAUUUCAUUUAUUUGUAUUUUAAUAGAAAAGUGCAUCACUAAGCCCACAAUCACUCUGCUAAGUAGAGAGGAUGGUGACAAGAUCCUGUUGGAGUGCAAAUUAAAGGACUACUAUCCUGACAAACUUACUGUACAAUGGUUUAGGGAUGAGCAGCUGGUCAAACCUCCUUUGUCUAAUGAAAAGUUUCAGAGCACUGAAAAAGAAGAUAAAACCUUCACUCUCAUAAGUCAACUAACUAUUGAAGCUCAGAGUCAAAUCAGACAGUACACCUGUGAAGCCACCUUCAACUCUGUGGAAAUCCUCAGACAAACAUAUGAUGUGUGUGAAGCACAGGGUUUUUCAAAAUAUGUGAUGCAUGUAAAGAAACCCCAUCUCAGAGAUAUUAUGAAGGAGAGGGAAGUUACGACUUCUUGUGUUGUUGAAGCACCAUACAACAUUGAAGUCUUAUGGUUGAAUAAUGAAAAAAUUAUAAAAGCCACCAGUGAAAACAAACAUGAUCUACCCCAUACCAGAAUGAAGCAAAUUGUGAGCAACCUGACUUUAUCUAGAGAUGAUUGGCUGGGACUUAAGACCCUUGUUUGUAAAGCUAGUCAUCCAUGUUUCCAAAAUGAGGAGUCUGUAUUUGAAGUUGAUGAUAUAAAGAAAGAUCCUGUUGUGGUACUCAGGAGGCCUUUCCCAGAAUCAACAAAGGCAGACAAUGCUGUGCUGGAGUGUGUUGUAAGAGAUCUCCCUUUAGGUGAGGCCUGCAUCACCUUCCAGGCCAAUAAUGCUGAUAUCUCAGAAGUCUAUUGUGUGGAUUUGACCCCUUCUGAAAGCAUUCGGUCCCUAGCCACACUCUUCACAAUACCUACUGAGCACCACAAGAAAGAAAACAACUUCACCUGUAGAGUUCACAAAAGUUACUUCAGCAAAUGGGAUUCAAAACCUACUGGAAACAUUUUUGAUGAUCCUACUAUAGAGCUCUCAGUUGUUCCCAGUGUGGGGCAGUCUAGUUCACAAACUCAGAAACUAGUGUGUACUGGGACAGGAUUCGACCCAAGAAUCACAUGGCUUAUAAAAUCUGAGGAGAAAACUGGCACAACUGAACAUGUCACAGUAAAGGAAGAUGGACGUGUACAAGUAUACAGUGAGAUUUUGGUGUCACAGCAAGAUUGGAAUAAAGGGGUAACUUACACCUGUAAAAUUGCUGAUCAGCACAUUGUGAAAACUGUGAAGAAGAGCACCAGUAUUUGUGCAGUGACCGCACAUUCCAAUCAGCUGGCAGAUGUCUACUUACUGGGUCCCUCCCUCAGUGAUGUGACAUCUGGGAAAAAUGUGUCUUUGACCUGUUUGGUUGUUGGACACAGUGUCAGUGAUUUCUCCAUCCAAUGGAAAAUGGAUGGAAAGGUUUCCAAAUUGGGUGACUUCUACAAACAAGGCACUAUAGAUCAUGCCAAUGGGACUCAAAGCAUUAUAAGUAUUUGGAAGGUUCCAAUCAGAACAUGGCAUGCGUACACUCUUUUUACAUGUGAAGUUAAACACCUGUGUUCUGGCAACCCACAGCAGCAGAACAUCUCAAAAACCAGAGACCCCAAACAACCCACUGUCAGAAUCCUGAGACCCCCCAACAGUGAACUCAAUGGAUCCCAAGAUACUAGUCUUCUUUGCUUCAUCACUGGUUUCUUCCCAUCUGAUAUCUCUGUGCAAUGGCAGCUAAAUGGGACCCAACUGGAUGUGUCUCGCUUCACUAAUAGUCCUGUGGUUGCUUACACUGCAAGAGAUUAUUCAAUGCACAGUGCCCUAAUACUGCCCGCAUCACAGUGGAAUGAGGGCAUAUACUCCUGUGUUGUUUCUCAUGAGUCAACCAAAGAUUCAAUUAUUGACACUUUGGAGAACUUGUAUGCUUCGUUGAUCCCCUCUGCUCCAUCUGCAAAGCUGCUGCAGGGCUCUAGUGAGCUGGUGUGUCUGGCAUUUGGUUUCAGCCCAUUUGACAUCAAAAUCACAUGGCUACUGGGCAUGAAUGAGCUGUCUGGCCAUAGGGUCACCAGCCCUGCAAAAGGCCCUGAUGGAAAAUUUAGCAUCCAAAGUCACUUGCAUCUCCUACCUUCAGACUGGGCACCUGGAGAGGUGUAUUCAUGCAGAGUCGCUCAUAUUACUGGUACCCAGUUGCUUAACAUCUCAAAACCAGAAAUAUUCGAAGAGGCUAUAUUUUUUAAUGAGAAUGAACCCGAAGCUAUUGCACAGGACAGUGUUGAAGGGUCCUGGAAUAUGGCCUGUGCCUUCCUCAUCCUCUUCAUCCUCUCCCUCAUCUACGGGUGCACAGUCACUUUGGUCAAAGUGAAGCCUGCAUGAGCCUGAAUGAGCAACAUUUUGUGGAUACUUUUUCUUUUCUUUUCUUUUCUUUCUUUUUUUUUAAGUUUGUUUAAAGUUGUUUUGCAGGCUUUUGAUUCAUGUUGUCAGAAUGCAUGAAUAUAGGUUGGUGGACAUUAUCAGUCUCUGUGUGGCUUUGUUUAAAAUGUUAUAAUGGUAAAAA